GGCGCCUCCGUCAGCACCCUGACGGCACUUGCCGCCGCCGCGGCGGCGGAGGGACACCUCCCUGUCGUGUCAUGGCUAGCGGAGCUGGGCGGGGAGGGCGGCGGCGCUGGCGGCAGCGGUGCGGCGGCCUCUGGAAGUAACAAGAAGAAAGUUGGCACCAAGAGCGGUGGCGGAGGCAAGGGCAAGGGAGCAAGGGAAAAGCAACCUAGCGCGCCGCCGUUGCGGGUGUUGACUCCGCGCGUGGCGGCGGCGGCGGUGCAGUCGGGUAACAUGGCGCUGUUACGCUGGCUGGCGGAUCGCGGCUGCGGCUGUGGCGGCGGCAGCAAGAAGAAGAGCGGUGCUGCGGCAGGGGAUGCGGGUUCCGAGGAGGAGACGGAGGAGGAGGAGGAUUCCGAGGCCGAGGUGGAGCAGGAGCUGGUUUCGGUGCUGGGUUGCUUGGAGGAUGCGGAGGGGUUGAGUGAGGAGUUGCUGGAGUUGCUGGGGGAGCAGCGCUACCCGGUGCCGGGUGACGGCCAUGCGUACCUGCUGGCCGCCCUCAACGGCGACCUCACCGCCAUUCGCUGCUUGAGCCGGCUGGGCUGCGACUGGGGACCACCGGGUCAGGUUUUCCAGCAGGCAGUUGCCGACGACCUCGUGCCCCUGCCGGUGCUGCGGGCCCUUCUGGAGGCGGGCUGUGUGGUGCUGUGGGAGGGGGCG